UCCUUAUCUGCCGUAGCUUUAACGUUGAUUAGAUGCCUGAGGUUGCAGAGUUGAUUAUUCGGACCUUUCAAUUCACAGAUGUGGAUCUCGGACCUAUGAAUGGGGAUAUUCCCGAAACUCACAAAGAAAAAAGGAAGUGAGAAUAAGUAAUUCAAAUAGGAGGGCUGCUCUGCUAUAAAAAAAUAUACUCAAACGCAUCAUUCUAAUUGUUCUCCUCAAAUGAAAAUUCCAAUUUAGGGUUUUUCGAUUCUGCAUAGCCUCCUCUCCCUCCGCUGCCUCCGUGCAUCGAAGUGCUAUCUUCAGAGCUAUUAUUCCUAUCACUCUUUUUUUCUUUCUUUGCUUUUCUCAAUAUGAAUGUUUUGAUAGAUAAUCUGUAACGAAUGAUCGCUUAGUUUUAUGUAAAUUAGGUUUCCUCCUCAGAGAAAUACACCGGGGGAGCCUGUGUACUUGGGCGAAGUCACUUUACUCAAGGGUAGAUUAAGCACGAAAGAGGUUUUUGGGUUACCUAACUCUAAUUUAGUACCUGACGUAUAUGAAGGUGAAUUCAAAUUUUUGCCAUGUUUUAAAGGGAUUGACAUUGUGGGAAGGUUCAUUAGAUCUGGUGAAAGUUCUGCAUAAAGAGGUUGAACUUGGACGCCUAUCAUUUUCUGGAAAGCGAGUAUUAGAGAUACACAUUCAUAUUUUUGGGCCAACCAAGAAGAUUGAUGACAAUGGACCUCUCUUCGUUUGAGCAUGACAUUGAUGAACUUAUUGAGGAGUUUGUUAUGGAAGGAUCAACAACUUUUGCUGCUAUGAAGAGGGUUUGGCUCUCCAAGAAGUUCUCCUACAUUUACGAGGCUAGACCUUCAACCAAUUUUCUUCUUUAUGCAGUCAUUAUAUACACAUACGGUUGGAGAGCUGAAGUGGCUCAAAGAGCUUGUUGUGGAGGCAAGAGAAAAAGAUAUAAAAGUAGUGCAUGUUUUGAUCAAAACUUACAGAGGUGCAGAAUGCUCGUAUUCACGUUGCAUAUGAGAAUUGGCAGGUUACUUAAUAACACUAAGAUUGAGGACUUUCUUAACAUGGACUUGGGUACAGAAGUUGAUCUGGCCGUAUUAAAGAAAAUGUCAACAGAAUAUACAGAUGCCAAGAAACUAGCUAUCAAAGAGGCCAAUGAGGUGGUGGAUGUCCAAAACAUGCAACAUAUAUCAGACGAUGAGGAACUGAUUGGAGUUGUAGUAGAGAAUAUCUCUGAGAACUGGAAUGCAUCUAGACAUUUGUUUUACGAACAAACGGGGCAGAUGGCUCUGGAGGUACGACGACAGCCAGUGCCACAUGAAGAUCAAGAAUAUGGUGGCUUUGAUGUUGAACUGGAACUACUGCUAUCUCAAACUUAACUGCAAGGAAAUAUGAGAAUGUCGCAAUUUGGUUAGCAAAACCAUGAAUCUAGCAAAGUAAAUAUCCAUGAUAUGUUACAGCCACGUGGAAGGAUUUGAAUUUUCAGUUCAAGGGCCAUUACUGUCGAGCAAAGUCAUCGUUCUGGAGGUGUAGAAGUUGAUGCGUUUUGCUGAUCCAACACUAUCACUGUUUUCCUGCUCAAUACAGUAAGACCUCUUCCAGAUUCGCUCAAAUCAUAAACAUAGACCUACUACUCUGAUAGGCAUUUCUAGUGAAUGUAUUAUUAUCUCACAAUCUUUCCCAUUGAUAGAUGUGAUUGUGAAGCUUACAAAGGUAUUUAUCUUGAAAGGGAAUGUAAAGUAUGCAGAAAAUGUCAUUGCGAACAGUUUAAUAUAUUAACAUCCAUUUUUGCCA